AUGCGGUUCGAUCCGGCCGGAUUCACGGGACCACCUACGUCGCACGAGCGAACCAACGGGAACGACGACGAUGCCGACUACUUGCGUUUCCAUUUUCCUCGCCGCGAUCCAUCCGUCGCGCAGAUCCGUUUGUUUCACCUUCGAGCCAAGGUUGACGUUUUGGCCAGCAGUUUCCUAUUCGUCCUACGGACUUGCAAGAUUCUCGGCCAACGAAAAUCUUGCUCCGCUCGAGAGAAGAAGCAGCAGCCGCGUCGUUAUCGGCCUUACGAUCCUUUCGUCACCACCGUCGGCACCACAAGUGGAAGCAUCGUCACCGAUCGUCGUCGACUCGCGUCGUCGCUCGAGAAUGGGCCCGAAUUCAGAAACGCCACUGCCUUUCGCGUCUUUUACAGUUCAGUUUACCGCAGCGAGACGUGCGCGCGCAUUCGCACGUUCGCGAUUAUUUUGGAACCGAGAAAACGUCGGGUGUCGCGAUUUCGUCGCUGCAACGGUCGCGAUGCGGACCGAGGGAACGGUGACGUCGACGACAGCGACGACGAAGAGAACGACCACGCUCGGGUCGAGCGUUUUUCCUGGACGUUGCGAGACUCGGGGUCACGGCCGCCUCGUGACCGAAUCAACACCGACCGAACGAGAACGAGAGGAAAGAGUGAUCGAGCUAGACCAGUCGUUCUCGACGAAUCCGUCGAUCAAUCCCCGAUACCUAUCGUGGACGUCACGAACGUUCCUUCCGUCGACGCGUUUGCUUACACUGCCCAGAAUGACGAGAACGAUGACAGUGUUCCGCGUAACCCGCCGCCACAUUGCCAGAUCGGACUGGAUUCCGAAGGAUUCGAGAGCAGGAAUGAUCCGAAAAGGGACAAGUUGCGCGUCGGUGAUGGAAACGGAAGAAGCGAGAACAAUUACACUGCCCGGUUCCAGGAGCCGAUUACCAACGGAAGCUGCAAGAACGAGAGAGAGUUGGCGACCAGCGGAUCAACGAAACUCUCAAAUUCGUACGGUCGAAAGUACGGAUUCUUGUUCGUUAUGUAUCUAUUGGCUUGGCCGCUGGUCUGCUCGACCACUCCUUCCGGACAAUUUGCUUCCGGUUUCGCCCACGGUCCAUCUCUCGGUCCCGCUGAGAAUCUUUUGCAGCACAACUCCACGCAAAUUUCAUCCUUGUUUUCGUCGGGUGUCGCGUCGCAACAGCAACAGCAACAGGAACAACAGAAGCAACAACAGAAGCAACAGCAGCAGAAACAACGGCAUCGUCAAACGGAAGAGCAAUUAGUUCAAGUCGCGGAGUACGGUAGAGAUGGUAACAACGCGCAUCGUCGUCGCUGGUACGAUGAUCAACGAAAAGAAGAGGAACGCGAAAUUGAGGAAUCAUCGUAUCAAAGCCACCAGGCAGUUCUCGAGUCGGAAACGUUACAUCCUUACAACGAAUACAGCUGGGAGGUGAACCAGAUAAAUCCUUGGUUGUCGGCCUGCGAUCUGGCGGGACCAGCGCCGGCCGAUCUUCAAGGUAGUUGCGGUCCACCGGAAGUCCCGAAGAACUGCCCGAUCGCGUGCACGAUAGAUGCCGGGAAAGAGUUUCUUGAGGUGAUCGAGAGAACGUCGUGGUCGAGACGAGGCAAGCCGAAAGAAUCUGCUGCCGGUGAGCAACUCCAGCGACAGAAUAAAGAGAAUAAGAAGAUUAAGAAUAAGAUUGGGGAUGGCGUACGGAUGGCUCCGGAACAGUGCCUUUUUUAUCUCGAGGAGUCGCAUAAGAGGGACAUCUGUCGGGAUGAUUUUGGCCGGACCAGUACGCCAAGUUUUUUAACCCCGAGGGAGAAUCGAUAUUGGUUCAUGAGCGGGUUGCGUCUGCGGCACUGCUGCGAGCACGCGGUGGUCAACGCCCUGGCACCCGGCAAGGGCGGUCCGCUCGAGAACGUGCUAAACGGUGGCCAGAAGUGCGCCGAUGCCCUGGACAAGCUGUUGCUCGUCGAUGCGUUAGCCGCGAGAUUGCAUUGUGAAUUCGAGGAAGUGCUGGCGCGAUACGACUGUGCUCAGCCCUAUUCGGUCAUCUUCAACUGCACCCAUUGCAAGGAAGCGUAUAGAAAAUGGGUAUGCAGCUCCCUGGUGCCUUACUUUGCUCAUGGGGGACCGCAGGACUUGGAUAGCUCGGACAGCUGGGUCGGAAGCAGGCUUAGGCCCUGUCGGUCCUUUUGCCAAUCCGUGGAGCAACGUUGCCCUUACUUACUUCCGGGUGACCGUGCCCCCGCUUACCCCACGCAGUACGCCGGCGAACCUACUUUCCUUUGCAGAGAUCCAAACAUCCCCGAGACCGGAGAGCAAGCUGCGAGGGCGUUGCACAGCAGCGAAGAGGACGAGUGCUGUUUUCACGCGUGCUCCGAGGAGAAUCCGGGAUCGGGUAUCUGCGCGAAUUGUACGGACCGAGAACCACGGAAACGCGGGAGAAGCCACGAUCCUUCGACGGCGCCCUACUGCGAGAUUAAUCCUAUUCAACCAGCUUCCACAGGUGGACAGUAUCGUGCUCCGGGAACUACGGACAGCACGGUGAUCGAGGAAGGGGAUGAAUCGUACGAUUCGUCGAAGGAGACGGACGCGUCGGCGUCAGGGACGCUGACUAAUAUCGUGCAGCAACAAGGGACCUCGUUGUGCGGAAGCGGCGGUGUCGGUUCAAUGACGAGCAUCUCCUCUUCCGAUCGAUCAACGAUCAGCCUACUCGCGCAACUGUUUUGGUUAUGCUCGAUCCUGACCAGCAGCCUCGGCAACGUUCGAACGAUACCUGCGCUAUGGUUAUCUAGGAGCAUCGUACGUUUGACAGAGCCGUUGAUGGAUCGGUGGUGGUUGGCAGAGACGAGCAGCCGGCGACCGGUUGAGCUUGCCGGUUGGCUUCACGAAGCGAGCCUGCGUCACGUAACCAAGUGGAUGCUCGAAAAGUGGGUGACGGUCGAAGGUCGGUGCCGAGGUUGUUGGUGGUACCGGUGGUGUUGUUGGUGUUGGUGCUGGUGCUGGUGUUGGCGGUGGAGGUGGCGUAGAAUAUCGUCGAGCGGUCGCGUACGAUGGAAAUUCCGACCGCGGCUACCGCGUAGACCGCCUCGACCCCUAACAAUCGUUGCCCCCGCGCCGACCACCGCCACGUUAACGGGCAACGAAGAAACCGCCUCUCUUAAUCGUCCACCUCAUCCUCCUCGUCGUCGUCGUCGUCGUCGUCGUCGUCAUCGUCGUUGUCGUCGUUGUUGUUGUUGUCGCGUCUCGUCGACGCGGACAGGGGAUUUCGGCUCGUUCGCUGUCAAGUGUCGCUGGCGGCGAUGGAAUUGGUGGUGGUGGUGGUUGUAUCGAUGGUGGAGAUCGCGGGCCACGAUCGAGGACGCGAUGCGACGCGCAACCGGAAGAAACGAACGAAAUGGGAGGAAGCGAAGAAGAAGGAGGAGCAGGUGGAGGAGAAGGUGGAAGGGAAGAAGCAAAGGCAGUUUCGACGUUUUCGGCAAUGACGUUUGGCAUUGUUUGGCCACGCGACGAUACUUUAGAUUGUCCUCGAGGAAGGAUCCGCCAUAGAGGAGAUCGAGGGGAACGCAACAUGCGUGAAAUACAGGUUUUUUCAGUCGGUAACCAGAGCUCCGUCGUAAAGGACUUUGGAUCUACGAUUCCGUCGGACCUUCGAGAAACGGACGAAGGGUUUAAAGGGCUUUGCCCCGAUGGAGGAAGGUCCGUGUGUACAAGAGGGCGCGUGGCGAACGUAGAUAAAAAAGCUGGAAAGAGGAACGAUGGCGAGAUAAAAGGCAUUUUUGAAGAAGGUACUUCGAGAGUAGAGAAGAAUUACGAUAUCGAACGGGAAAAAUAAGAAAGACGAUAGGGAACGAGCAUACACGGUGAACGUGUACGAGACAGUUUCAAAGGAAGCUAAAGGUAAUUUCGACGUUGAAGAAAGAAAGAAAGAAAAAGAGACAGGAAGACGAAACAAAAAAAAAAGGAGACGAAGAGACCGGCAACGUCUAUCGCUAAUAAUAACGAUAACAAUAAUACAAUAAUAAUUAAUUAAUUAAUUAAAUAAAAAAAAAAAUUAACGACGAUUACGAUGACGGGGGUGAUGAUACGACGAUGCCCAUGAUGAAAUUACGAUAACGACGGUGAUCGAAGAAUAAUGAAUUAAAAUACUAGUUAACGAAUAAUAAUAAUGAUGCUGAUGAUACUGAUGAAUAAUGAGAUAAAAUAAUAACGAUUAAAUACUUAAAAGAAAAGAAAAAAAAAAUGAAGAAACCAUGAAGUAACGUUAACGUUUACGAUAGAAUGAUUACGAUACAGUUAUUAUUACACGUUCGAUGCGUUCCACAUAAAACACGCCCACACACGCGCGCACACAUAUACACGACACGUCAUAUACACACGUACACAAGGAAUAUUAAUUAUUUCGAAGAAAAAAAAAAAACGGAGAAGAUGAAGAAGAAUAAGAAAAAAAAAAUAAAAUAAAAUAAAAAAGUUAAAAGUGCGAACGAGCGAACGAAGAAGCGAGAGUACAUGGACGACAGCGUGAUAGUAAUCAAGAGCGAAAGAGAGAACGAAUGCGAGAAAUGAUAUGAAAAAGAGAGAAAGUGAGUGAGAAUGAAGAUAAAAAAGAGAUGAAUCGAAAAAUGGUACACACAAGAAGCAAAGCACACCUUCGCGUAUUAAGGCAUUAAACGAUUAAACGAGACAUUUAAAGAAUAAACAAAAAAAAUGACGUAGAUAGAUAGUAUUUCGGUCGUGAAAGGAAAACCAAAAAAAAAAGAAAGAAAGAAAGAAAGAAAGAAAAGGGGAAACGAAGGAACGCGACGAAAUACGGAGUCGACCACGUUCUUGUAUCGACGUUUCGUAAGGAAUUGUAGAAAUGGCAACAGAGAAUAAAACAUGACGUUAUCGAGGUAUAAUAUGUGUUCGUUUAGACAUUACAAUAAAUAACUACUAUGUUAACAUAGACACGUAACGGUACGAAUCGAGAGAGAAAGAACGAGGGAGUAAAGAGGAUAAAUGAAUGAAUGAAACGAAAGAGGAACUUGUAGUAGGGUGCAUGAUCAGUAGAGAGUGCGUGGGAGAAAAAUAAAACGAGAAUACGAAAAGCACACGAGGAAAAUAAAGAAGACGAAAUAGGGAAACAUUGAGUAGAAGAAGAAAACUCGUAGGAAACCGAUGAAUUUUUUUAUAGAAAAAUAUUCUGACGAAGUUACGAAAAUAGGUGUACGAAAAAAAAAACAAAAAAAAAAAUAAUAAGUAAAUUAAUAAUAACACUGUUUUUGAUACUCUUCUCUGCGCAGUGAAUCCGAAUAAGAUUUUCUUCCCUAAGAUAUUCAUCUACUUUUUCUCUCUCGCGAUCGUGCGCGUCGAUUUUUCAUUUCUUUCAAAGAAAUUCACAUUUCUUCGACGAGAACGCUGCGCAGAGGCAGAGUCGGAGAAUACAGAGAGAAAGAAACGUAGAGAAUCGUCGUCGUCGUCGAUGUGUCGUAAUUGCAAACGAAAAAUAAAAUGAAAAAAAAAAAAAAGAAGAAAAAAAGAAAUUUGCGGAAUGAUGGAAGCGUACACGCAUACACACGUGACACGUGCACGCAUACAGGUACACGACCUGUGUUUGUGAUCGAGGAAGCACAGAGGGAAAAGGAGCUGGUCGCCGCAUGUGCGUUAAUUAUGUUGUUAAACAUUGUCCAAUACAUAAUUGUUACUAAUUUACAUUUGUAAGAGGAACACGAGGAUGGGCAGCAAGCGAAAGAGAAACGAGAGCGCAUGUGGUACGAGUGCGACUGACGUCGGUACGAAUGACAUUGGACGAGUGAAAAUGAUGGUGAAUAAUUGAAGUGAAUAAUCGAGAAAGCGUGAUUAGCGAGACGAGGAGAAUAUAUAAAUAUUAUAAAUAACAAAAGUGACAAGGAGAGACGAAACGAAUAAUGAACAAGGACCGGAUGAACGGACUUGAAAACGCGUUCACGCGAUCGCGUGUAGAAAAUGCUUGAAAAAGCUGAUAAUUAAUCUCCUUUUUAAAAGACAACCAACUAUUAUGUUUCUUUAAUGAAAAAUUCAUUAACCCUUUAGAUGCUAUGCACCGCUAUAGUGGCUUUCUUCUUUACUUGACAGCAAGUUAGAUAGAACGCAAGUUCCCUUUCUAGCAACGCACAGAUUUAUUAAACGGUGGCUGGAGCAAUAAUAUAAAGAAUAAUAAUUUUUUUUUUUUCAAAAAGGUCGCGUCUAACGGGUGUCUCCUUUGUCGUUAGAACUCGAACGCGGUAAAGGAAGGCGGAAAGCGAAGCAAUGAAAGAUGUGAUUACGAUAAAGUCUCUAUUAUUUGAAUGAAA